AUGACACGGGAAGCGUUUUGCUGGUAUGUAGGGAUGCAGCAACCCGGUUAUCGGAUUGUGAAGCGCGAAGGAGGGAGCCCCGCGAAGCAAGGAGGAGGCGGCGGCCCUGUCCGGACCCAGUGUGUGGUGCCCUGGGAACGGGGGAAGCUGGAGGAAGGGACCGGCGGGGGCCGCGCCGGCGGAAGAGGCGGGCUCAGGUCGGGGUGGCCGGGCCGGCGGCGCAGCGGCCUGAUGGGAGGCGUGUGGGGCCGGGCUGUGCGGCUCGGCGUCACAGCUCGGACAGCAGCGGCCGUCCCGGUCAGCGACCGGCGGUGUCUGGGCUGGCUGUCAGGCCCCGCCGCGGGACCGCUGCUGCUGCUGGCGGUGGCGCUGCCCCGUGGCCCUGUCCGCCCGCCAGCUAUACUCGGCCCCGCGCCUCACUUCCUGCGCCGCGGUUCGGGGCGCGGCUCCUGGUGUCGCAGCUACGAGACCGGCAGCAGCAGCAGUAGCGUUGCCGUGCACAUCCCCGGGGAGCAGCCGCCCGCCAUGCCCGCUGCCGCACCCGCCGAGCCGCAGGCACUGGCGGGAGACGAGUCUCUUCGCCGCGGUCGCCGGAGAAAGGCCAAGGAGAGGAGCCAGGAGAAGAAGCCGAAGCGGCGGGAAAAGGUGAAGCGGCGUGGUAAGGCCGAGGGCGAGCAGACUCAACCCGAAGAGAGCGGGCUGGGCGACGGUGACCUUGAGCCUCCCAUGGCUAAGAAGACAAAAAAAGUCAAGGAUAAGGCUAACGGUUUGCUUGGAGAUCACAACAGCUCCGAGCGUACCGUGAAACUUUCCUCAGCUGUAAGCAACGGUGUAUCAUCCCUGACAGCCCAGAGUGCCUCCGGCGACACGGACACUGGAGAGCGGGACAGCGACGCGGAGGAGCUGACAGAAGAAGAAAAAGAAGGUGCCUUCUCCAAUUUCCCUCUCUCCCAAAACACCAUCAACCUUCUCAAAGCUCGAGGUGUAAAAUACCUGUUUCCUGUGCAAGUGACGACUUUUCAGCCCAUCUAUGAUGGCAAAGAUGUAAUUGCUCAAGCUCGAACAGGAACUGGGAAGACCUUUUCUUUUGCUGUUCCGCUGAUUGAAAAACUUCAGAAUGUCUCACAAGAUGGAAGAAGAGGCCGUGCACCAAAGGUGCUGGUUCUCGUUCCAACCAGGGAACUGGCCACUCAGGUAGCCAGAGACUUCAAGAAUCUCACCAAGAAGCUGUCAGUGGCUUGUUUUUAUGGAGGAACUCCAUAUAAAGAACAGCUUGAUCUUCUUAAAAGUGGCAUUGAUAUUCUAGUGGGAACUCCUGGACGAAUCAAAGACCACAUUCAAAAUAGCAAGCUGGAUCUUUCCAAUGUGAAGCAUGUUGUUUUGGAUGAAGUUGAUCACAUGUUAGACAUGGGCUUUGCUGAACAAGUGGAAGAAAUCUUAGGAUUUGCUUACAAAAAAGGUUCUGAGAACAACCCCCAGACGCUACUGUUUUCUGCAACUUGUCCACGAUGGGUGUAUGAUGUAGCAAAAAAGUACAUGAAAGAUGAAUAUGAACAGAUUGACUUGAUAGGAAAGAAGACUCAGAGGACUGCCAUGACUGUGGAACACUUGGCUAUACAGUGUCGCUCAUCUCAGAGGGCAGGAGUUCUUGGGGAUAUCAUUCAAGUCUACAGUGGCAGCCGUGGGAGGACCAUCGUCUUCUGUGAGACCAAAAAAGAAGCAAAUGAAUUGGCUAUGAAUGCUUCACUCAAACAGGAUGCCCAAUCAUUGCAUGGUGACAUUCCACAGAAGCAGAGAGAAAUUACAUUAAAAGGCUUUAGAAAUGGUGUGUUUGAAGUUCUGAUUGCAACAAAUGUAGCUGCCCGUGGUUUGGAUAUUCCUGAGGUUGACCUUGUUAUACAGUGUUCACCACCAAAAGAUGUUGAUUCCUACAUCCAUCGUUCUGGACGAACAGGUCGAGCUGGACGGACUGGCGUCUGUAUUUGUUUAUUUCAGAGAAGAGAAGAAGAUCUUCUGAAGCAAGUUGAGCACAAAGCGGGGAUUACAUUUAAGCGUGUGGGUGUUCCUACUGCUACAGAUGUAAUUAAAGCUUCAAGUAAUGAUGCCAAAAAGUUGUUGGAGGCCAUUCCUCCUGCUGCAGUUGACUACUUCAGAAAAUCUGCUCAAGAGCUCAUAGAUGAAAAAGGAGCAGUUGCUGCCCUGGCUGCAGCUCUAGCCCAUAUUUCUGGGGCAGCUUAUGUACAGCAGCGCUCCUUACUCAACUCAACUGCAGGCUUUGUGACCAUGGUGUUGAAGUGUUCAAUAGAAAUGCAUACCAUGGGCUAUGCCUGGCGGGGACUCAAGGAACAACUUGGUGAGGAAGUAGAUUCAAAAGUUUCCUCAAUGCGUUUCCUCAAGGGGAAGACGGGGGUGUGCUUUGAUAUCCCUGUUGACGAACUGGGUAACAUACAGGAACAGUGGAGUGACACCAGGCGCUGGCAGCUGUCAGUGGCAAAGGAAUUGCCUGAGCUGGAAGAACUCCCCCAGGAGGCAGGACGAGGGUUCUCCAGGUUUGGAAAUGGGAGGCAAGGUGGCAGCGGUGGUGGUUUCAAGAGAAGCAACCGGUUUAAGAAUGGAAACUGAGAACAUGAUUUUAACAGGUUGUUGGAGUAACCUCUGCUACAGAUCUGGACUGAGUUGAUUUUUAUCAAAAAGUAAAAGCCUGUCUAAUGACAUUCCUCUUUGUCUUUGUUCCUUGAUAAAGCAGUUUCUUUGAGG